AGCAUUCAAUCUGAGUUUCUGCUUCAACAGUGAUUGAACAGAAAUUUAUUUCAACAAAACUCUAACUUUUCUUCGAAGUUAAACCGGAUUUUCAACUCCAUCUAAAGCAUCAAGAUGUCUUUGUGCCGUCAAAACUAUCACGAGGAGUGUGAAGCUGGCGUGAACAAGCAAAUCAACCUCGAGUUGUACGCUAGUUAUGUCUACAUGUCCAUGGCCUACCACUUUGAUCGCGAUGAUGUCGAUCUCCGUGGGUUCCACAAGUACUUUAARAAGGCCUCCGAUGAAGAACGUGAACAUGCUGAAAAGCUCAUGAAAUUCCAAAACCAGCGUGGAGGACGCAUUGUACUUCAAGAAAUCAAGAAACCAGAAUGUGAUGAAUGGGGCACUGGCCUUGAUUCUAUGCAGACUGCACUUGAUUUGGAGAAGCAUGUAAACCAAGCUCUUAUUGACCUUCAUGCUGUUGCAGAGAAGCAUGGUGACAACCAGAUGCAAGAUUUCCUUGAGGCUAAUUACUUGACUGAGCAAGUUGAGGCUAUCAAAGAGCUUGCAGGACAUGUAACCAACCUCAAGCGUGUUGGCCCAGGACUGGGAGAAUACCAGUUUGACAAGGAAACCCUUGAUGACUAAACUGUGUUAUUGCCUGUCUUGAUGAACUGGAUUUGACCUGAGCACUUAAACAAUACUGAUUUGCUAUAAACUUUAUACUUGCAUUUAAAGCAGAUUUUUGUUUUUGUUUUUUUUUAAACCACCCAAAGCUGUUUUAAUCAUAAAUAAAGAUAGAGCAUUACAUUUU